AUGGGAACCGUGCUGUCCCUGUCGCCCAGCUACCGCAAGGCCGCCCUCUUCGAGGAUGGGCCGGCCACGGUGGGCCACUACACGGCCGUGCAGAACAGCAAGAACGCCAAGGACAAGAACCUCAAGCGCCACUCGCUCAUCAACGUGCUGCCAUGGAAACGCAUCGUGGCGGUGUCCGCCAAGAAGAAGAGCUCCAAGAAGGUGCAGCCCAACGGCUACCAGAACAACGUCACGCACCUCAACAACGAGAACCUGAAGAAGUCCCAGUCCUGCGCCAACCUGUCCACCUUCGCCCAGGACGGGACCCCGCCGCCCCCGCCGCCGCCGCCGCCCGCCAAGGGCUCCGCCGCCCCCCCGGUGUCCUCCGUCAAGAAGGCCCCGCUGGGCAACUCCACCAACGCGGCCACCGCCGCCCCCGGGACCCCCAAGCGGGUGAUCGUGCAGGCGUCCACCAGCGAGCUGCUCCGCUGCCUUGGCGAGUUCCUGUGCCGGCGCUGCUACCGGCUGAAGCACCUGUCGCCCACCGACCCCGUGCUGUGGCUGCGCUCCGUGGACCGCUCCCUGCUGCUGCAGGGCUGGCAGGACCAGGGCUUCAUCACGCCCGCCAACGUGGUGUUCGUGUACAUGCUGUGCCGCGACGUGGUGCCGUCCGACGUGGCGUCGGAGCACGAGCUGCAGGCCGUGCUGCUCACCUGCCUCUACCUGUCCUACUCCUACAUGGGCAACGAGAUCUCCUACCCGCUCAAGCCCUUCCUGGUGGAGACCUCCAAGGAGACCUUCUGGGACCGCUGCCUGUCCAUCAUCAACCUGAUGAGCGGCAAGAUGCUGCAGAUCAACUCCGACCCGCACUACUUCACCCAGGUGUUCGCCGACCUCAAGAACGAGAGCCAGAAGGAGGAGGAGCGCAGCCGCCUGCUGAUUGGCCUGGAUCGGUGA